CGGGGAGCGAAAUCGGCCUUCUUUUCAUAGACGUACAAGAAAAAAUAAUACCUCUUCCUCACUGACGACCCUUCAACGACGUUCGACAAAUUGCCAAGAUGGCGCCAUCCUCGGACAGCUUUCCCCUCGGCUACAUCUACUCUUUGCCGCCAAGGCCAAAGAUUAGAUCGCUGGGAGAUCACCUGGCUGAGCACAUCACCGACAAUGGGCGCAUCACGACACUCAUCGAUGCUAUUUGCUCGACGCCCAACCCGGCGCUGUGGUCGCCAGAUCUGAAUCGACCACCGAUCGACCAUGCGACAAUCAAGCGGUUCAUGAGCUCCUUUAUCCUGCCCUCAACGAGAGCACCCCUUGGCCCCAACGAUCGCGUCAUGAUGGCCCUGCCUACAGGGCCUGAAAACGCGCUGGCCCUGCUCUCGGUCGCCGCCUACCACACAUGCGCGCCUGUCAACGCGAGCUGCACUGCAGGCGAGCUGCGCGACGACGCGGUGCGCCUCCGUGCAAAGGCCGUCGUCACGACGCGCGACGCUGCUGAGCGACUCGAGGUGGCCUCGCUGUACCACGAGGAGAACAUGGAGAUCAUCUUUGUCGAGAACCGGACGUCCGGCCCGGCCGGGCUGUUUGACAUGAGCAUGUUUGGCCAGCAGGGGCUCGCAUCCACCAAGGGACGGCGUCCUUCGCAACCCCACGGGCUCGAGCAUCAAUCGCUGGUGUUGCACACAUCGGGCACGUCGGGAAAGAAAAAGGUGGUGCCCUACUCGCUCAGGCACCUCAUCGUGGGCACUUCAUGCGUCGUGCAGAGCUGGGACUUGAGACCAGAGAGCGUGAACAUGAACAUGAUGCCCUUGUUCCACGUCGGUGGCAUCGUCCGUAAUUUGUGGGCGCCCAUGUUUUCGGGAGGAAGCGCAAUCAUGUGCUCUGGUUUCGACGCAAACGUUUGGUGGACAUUGGCAAAGCAGCUCGGCGCGACAUGGUACUAUGCCGCACCCACGAUGCACCACGCCAUCCUCGCAUCCAAGCCAGAGGGCGUCAACACGGCAAAGGACACGAGCAUCAAGAUGAUCGCGAAUGCUGCAGGUGGAUUGCUGCCCUCGCUGGCUGUGCAGCUCAAGGAGACGUUCGGGGGAUGCGCUGUGCUGCCCUCGUACGGCAUGACAGAGUGCAUGCCGAUCGCCUCGCCACCGACAAACUACCAGCUGGACAGGCCCGGUUGCUCGGGUGUGGCUUGUGGUCCCGAUCUCUCCAUUCGCGAUCCUUUUGACCGUGAAAAGGAGCUCCCUGUCGGGCAGACGGGUGCUGUUUCGGUCCGGGGCCUCCCUACCUUCUCUGGCUAUGAGACGUCGACCGAUCCGUUCGAGCCCCUUGACACUUCGAGUUUCUCCAGCGAGGGCUGGUUCGACUCGGGUGACAUGGGCCACAUGGACGCUGACGGGUAUCUCUACAUCACUGGCCGAAGCAAAGAGAUCAUCAACAAGGGUGGCGAGGUCGUGUCGCCCUUUGAGGUCGAGGAGGCCAUCACACAAGCCUGCAAAGACCGGGUCAAGCAGACGUUGGCCUUUUCCAUCGAGCACAAGGUCCUUCAAGAGACGAUUGGUGUCGUCAUUGUCCCGGUCCCUAACCAGCCCCGCAUCGGACUGGCCGAGAUCCAGAACCUGCUGCGAUCCCAUUUGCACCCGUCCAAGUGGCCCUUUGCUGCCGUCUACAUGGACGAUCUGCCCAAGAACCAGGCAGGAAAGCCGCUGCGUAUCAAGCUCGGCACCCGUCUCAACAUCGGACCACUUUCGGACGAUGUGCCAGCGCUGCAGCGUCACUUUGAGGCCAAGGCGCCGGGCAAAGAAGUCCCACUCUCGGAGCCGAUUCCCUGCAACCUCGUCUCGGUCGACGUGCGCGCCGUCGAGCGGGCUUGCUACCGGAUUCCUGGCGUCAUCGAGGCGGCGGUGCGUCAACGCAAGGAUGGUGCACCAGAGGCCUUUAUUCACGUCGAGGAGAAUGCCGAAUAUGAUGCAUCGGACAUCGAUCGAGCCCUGGCGCAGGUCCUGCAUGGCUACGUUGUUCCCAACCCGCUCCACGUCUUCCGUUCACCGCUGGCCAAGGUCAACGGUCGCAUCGACUUCCAGACAAUGGAGGACGAGGUUCGCGCUCAGAAUGCAUCGUCGAUGUCCCGCACCGCCCUCGUCGUCCGUGACAUUAUCGCUCGGCUCCUGGACACCGAGUCUGGCACGAUCACGGCCGAGUCGGACUUCUUCUUGCUCGGUGGCAACAGUCUGCUCCUUGGCCGUCUUGUCCACCUGAUUCGAAAGGAGACGGGUGCCUCGCUCGAGGUGUCUACCCUCUUCAACAACUCGACCGUCGAGGGCAUUGCCAGUCUCAUUGAAGACGAGCAGGGCAUCGAUGAUGACGAGUACGACAUGGAAGAUGGCUUCAUGCAGGAGAAGGGUGGCAGUGCGUUUGCAAGCGCUCACCGGUACGACGACGAGGCGGGCGACGCCGAUCCCGCCUUUGCCAGCCACGGUUACAAGCCUCGAAGCCAGACGCACCCAUGGGUUGUCUUGGUGCAGCUGAUCCCCAUCCUCUUCUUCUACCCCUUCAAGGCUGCCUGGACCUGGACGGUGAUUUUGCACGGCCUUGCCUUCUCGGCCUACUACAUCGACGACGUCUUCUGGGAGCGCGUUGGUGUUCUGCUGGCCUCUGUCAUCAUUGCUCGAUUCACCAGUCGAAUCAUCUGUCCCGUCACCGCCAUCGCUUUCAAGUGGCUCGUCAUUGGUCGCUACCGUCCAGGCAAAUACCCAAUGUGGUCCAACUACCACCUUCGAUGGUGGCUCGUCAAUCAGUCGCUCAGAACGGCUGGUAAGGGCCUUUUCGGUCUCACGCCCUCUCUGACAAAGACGUACUUUAGGCUGCUGGGCAUGUCCAUUGGUUCAGAUGUGCAGAUCGACCGGUUCGCCAAGAUGGCAGAGUACGACCUCAUCACGAUUCACGACGGCGCAAGGAUCGACAAGUCGCUUGUUCGAGGUUUCUGUGUCGAGCGGGACGGCUACUUCAGGCUCGAGCCCAUCAUCAUUGGUCGCGACUGUGUCGUAAACACCUUCACGCAGAUCUCGCCCGGUGCCAGACUGGCCGACGGCACGGUGUGGGGCCCGCAAUCGUCCUCGCACGAGGAGCCAUCGAGCGAUGCGUAUGCGUCGUACAACCGGAACGCUGUGCCCACGCCAAAUGGAGCCCUCAUUGCCUUCAUCGGUGUUCCCAUUCUCCUCGUCAUCCGAAUCAUCUGCUACGUUCCUUGGUUUGCUGCCCUCUUCAUGCUCCUGUCUCAGCCCUUCGAGUUCAACCACCACGACUCGGUCAAGGGCGUCAUUGCCUGGUUCGCCUACCCUCGUCGUAUCGGCUGGCACUACGUCGCCCGUGUCGUGCGAAACAUUAUGCCGCCGCUCAUCAACCUGGUCCUGGGCAUCUUGCUCAAACGUAUCAUGGGCCUCAAUCGCGAAGGGUCGAUGCGCAACGCCACGCAGAUCUCGCUCCUCCGGCGCUGGCUCAACAGCCAGCUUCUGUCGCAGCCCAACAUCCGCCGCGCCAUGGCAAUCCUGGGUACCCACUACGAAAUGACUUCGGUCAUCUACCGUGCCAUGGGCGCCAAGGUUGGCAAGCGGGUCUACUGGCCAGGCAGUGGCAUCUACUGCCCCGAUCCAGAGCUGCUGGAAAUCGGCGACGAUGUCGUCUUUGGUUCCAGAUCCGAGGUCUUCACGUCGGACUCGAUUGGCUGGGCGAGGGUGCGCGUUGGUCGUGGCGCCAUGAUUGCCGAUCGUGUCGUCCUGCUGCCCGGCUGUACCGUGGGUCGACAGUGUGUCAUGGGCUCCGGUGCUCUGGCGGUGCGAAACGGUCACUACGAGGAGCACACGGUGUGGAUGGGUUCCAAGAAUGGCUCGGCCGUCAGCUUCGGCAAGGCAGCCCGGGAAAACAAAGAGGCCGGCGUGCCGGCGGAUGAGGAGACGAUUACGCCGUUUGGUCGAGCAUUCUACAAGCGCAAGGCCACCUUCUUCGUAUUCCCUUACCUCAUGCUCGUCGCCAUCAACGUCAUCGUUGCCAUCUUCUCCUCGGGCUACUGGGCUACAGCCGCCGUUGGCACCGUCCUCUCGCUCAAUAUCCUGAGAUCAAACUUUGAAUACGUCAGCACCGCCAUCUUCAGCGACCACUGGUACCGCCCUGGGUUGGUAUACGCAUUCAUCGCCAUCUGCUUCGUCAUUAUUCUUAACAUUCAGGCUUUUAUCGCCUUCCUUUGGGUCAUUGGGACAAAGUGGGCCGUCAUCGGCCGUCGUCGCGAAGGCCGGUACGACUGGGACAAGAGCAGCUACUGCCAACGGUGGCAGCUCCAUCUCACCCUUCAACGUCUGCUUGGCAAGGGCUUCGGCGGUCACCUCAUUGGCCACAUCUCCGGCACAUGGAUGGCCGUCUGGUACUUGCGAUCGCUGGGUGCCAAGAUCGGCGACGAGUGUGCCAUCUGGGCAGGUGGCAAGCCAAGUCUCCAGCUCACCGAGCCGGAACUCGUCACGAUGGGCAACCACGUCAACGUCGAUGACUGCUCCAUUGUUGCUCACAUCAACUCAAGGGGUCGAUUCUCGCUAAACAGGCUCAUGAUUGGCGACAACUGCGCACUUCGAACCGGCAGCCGAUUGCUUUCGGGUGCAAGCAUGGAGCGAGGGUCGAUGCUCCUUGAGCAUACUUUGAUCGCAUCGGGAGAAAUUGCAGAGGCGAACAGUGUCUACGCGGGCUGGCCCGCUAGGCAGCUGAGGUUACGCAAGGCUGUACAGAACAAGCAGCCCAGCUCGGCACUCUACCAGAAUGGUGGCCCACACUCGGCAGAGAGCUCUUCAUACAACCUCGGCAGCGCCUCUGGUCCCUCGACGCCUGCUCUCAACUCGUACAAGUAGUCUGUCUAUAGCAUCACUUCACCCAACCCCCUUCAUCCCCAGCAUACCUCUUGUCAACUGUCUCACAA